AAAAGACCCCGCGGCUCAUGACCCCAUUUCCAUUGGCAGUUUAGCCUGAAGUGUCAUGAUGGGUCCUACAACUAUCCCAUUUAUCCCUGUAUGGAGUCUGCUGCUGGGUGCAGACACUACGAAAUAGAUAAACCUGGCCGCAUCUCAAUUCAGUGCAUAACCAUUUUGUUGUUUACUUGUUCUUUCCGUUCUAUGCUAGGUUUGUUGGUGUGAUAUAAAGAACCCUCAACCCUCAUAUAGCCAUCCUCAACUAUACUCAUAUUCACGCACAUACAAAACGGCUGUAGUGAGACCAUCCAUCAUGGCUGACGCUCCUAUUUCUUUCCUGCCCCUUGGCGCCAUUAUCCAGUCCCUUGUCGUCAACGGCGUCAACAUCGUCCAGGGCUUCCCCACGCAAGAGGACUAUGAGAAGCACAACUCCCCUUAUUUCGGCGUGACUGUUGGUCGUGUCGCCAACCGCAUUAAGGGUGCUCGCAUUGACAGCCUCAAUGGUAAGGAAGUUACUCUCGCCGCCAACGAUGGACAGAACCAUCUUCAUGGCGGUAAGAUUGGCUGGAGCAGCCGCGUCUGGGACGGCCCCAAACCUGUUGGAACUCGCCAAGUUCCAGGCGUAGAGGGACUUGAGGGUGGUGAGAGUGUUGCCUUUACACUUACCAGUGAGGAUGGUGACGAGGGAUACCCUGGCACCGUCGAAGUCACUGUUACUUACACAACUGGCACACAAAACGUCGAUGGCAAGGAAGUCAUCAUUCUCGCCAUGGAAUACGAGGCAAAGCUCGUUGGUGGCGCUGAUGAGACCGUCAUCAACAUGACCAACCACUCCUACUUCAACCCCAGCGGAAAGGAGACUAUUGCCGGUACAGAUAUCACCCUGCCUACAGCCAACUACCUGGCUGUUGGUAGCGAUCUCAUCCCCACAGGCAAGAUUGAGCCUUUCCCCGGUGUCACCGCCAACAAGACCUUCACACUGGGCCCCCAGGAGCCCAAUAUCGACCAUUGCUUUGUCCUAAAUACAGACCCUUCCUCUGUGCCCCUGGACACCCGCAACCAGCCCCUCAACCUCAAUGUCAAGGCCCACCACUCCGGCUCCGGCGUGAACCUCGAGGUUUAUAGCACUGAGCCUACCUUCCAGAUCUACACCGGCGCCGGCAUUAAUGUGCCUGCCGUCAACGGUCUGCCUGCUCGUGGUGCUCGUGCCGGUUUCUGCUGUGAGCCUGCUCGCUAUGUUAACGCUGCCAAUGUACCUGAGUGGAAGAACCAGGUCCUGCUCAAGAAGGGUGACACAUACGGUGCCAGAACCGUAUACAAGGCGUGGGCCGAUUGAGUUGGAUCACUGAAGAUGAAAAGCACAUCAGCUAAAUAGAGGCUGUUUUUUUCAACGCCUAGCUAUCGUAAGACAAUUGGAAAGAAAAACCAGAUCACUCCUGUU